AUGUUCAUUGCAGCCCUGGGCACGGACUGGGGGAAGGGGGACGCUGCCACCGGGGGCUCCCAAGUGACGGUGGAAUUCGAGGGCGAUGCCGGCCCCACCACUGGCAGCAAUGAGCAGCAGACGGCUUGGUACAACGCCAUCGAUAGCACCCGCAACGGCGACGCCAGGGGGCUCAGCGCGCAGAUCCAAAAGGAUCCCAAAGGGAUGUCAUUGACGAGCAUUCAAGAUGAGAUGAAGAAGUUGGUCCUAGAGCCACUGGGCAGAGCCGGAGCAGUCGGAGCGGCGACGGAUCUCACGGUGAUCAGGUUCUAUGACUCACUGAUACUGUGCUUUGCUGGUAGGAUGGACUGCCAGACCAAGCGCUGGCAAACCGAAGAGCGCGCACAGAAGCUGCUGCAGCACGCCUUCAUCAUCACUGGCAAGGCGCGAGAUCGGCCCGACUUUGGCCUUCUGGACAGUUGGGUGGUCUACGGCCCCACGACCAAGACCCGAACCACCAACAAGUGCACUGUGCCCUAUGAGCUGAUGAGCGGAGCAAUCAACCCUGAGCGCCUUAGCUACGGCAGAUGUGUGGCAACGUGGCUGAAUGACCCUUGCUGCAACUGGGUGAAGCGUCAAGAGCAGUGCUGUGGGCCACGCACCAUCACGGAGCGGAACAGACGACAUGGCGUUGGUAUUGUUUGGGACUUGGACCGGGACCUCCAGGAUUCCGGCACGUUGGCCUUGGAUCUCGCGAUGAUGUACGCCUCCUUGGAGACGGAAGCCGCGAAGUCCUGCUUCGGGCCCUACAAGGCCUUCAUGGACUCCACCAGCCGCUUGGGAGCGAUGAAUGAGGUCGUACUCGUUGUGGACACCUGUCGCACCGCCGUGGAGGGCGCCUGGAGCGACCCUUGGAGCAACGGAGUGGCCCUGUGCCAUGGGGGCUGGGAUUUGGACGGUUGUGGUGACUUUGAGGCUGUUUUGUCUGUCCAGGUGGAUGCAUUGACGGGGUUGGCAAACUUAACUGGAACUGCCUCCGCCUCCACCCAGAGCGAGUGCUAUGCACCGGUAAGCAACAGCGGCGGCAGCAGUAGCAGUGGGACCAAGCAGAAGUAUUGUAAGACACCUGACGAGAUGGCCAAUCCCAAUUGGGGUCAAGCCACAUUGACCUGCCUCAUUGACAAGUCCAUCCCAGAUGAACUGAAGGGACGUCUGAAGCUGAAGCUGAAGGUCCGAGGCGAUGCCUCUGCUGCAGUGCUGGCGACCAAGUUCUUGGAACAGCCAGGCAUGAUGCGAGAGGAAUGCCGUGGGCACGACAACCCACACAGCCGCUACACGAUGGAGGAUUGCAUGGCGCCCAAGCAGUGUAACUACGAUGGCACCUCGGCGACAGGGUCCAUUAGCAACGAAACCGAGUGCUUGAACCCAUGCGAAGAUGCUUGGCGAAUGGAUCGUCGAAGAACUGAGAACGGCACCUUUCGAAAGGAUCUUGAAAAGGGAGAGGAGUUGAAGAUCCAAGGUGGGCGAAUUGCCACAGUGCAUUCCCAAGGGCAUCUUGGCAGGUCAUCGGUGGCCAUCGGCGGCCGAGCUCGGAGAGCUUCCAAGCUCGGAGAGGGCUCCGAAGCCCGCGAAGCGAUCCGCGGGCAGAUGCCGGAGUUCUCGGCGCAGCAGAUCCUGCGGCUGUGCUCCCACUUCCAUCGAGCCUUCCUGCAGAAAGACAAGGGGCAGCUGAUCGCGCUGGCCUCCGAGCUCCAGCGACACGGGCACCUGCUGCGGCCCGCCGAGGUGUCGAUGGCCCUGAAUCACUUCGCACACUCGAAGAUCCUGGAUGAAGCCCUUUGGACGACCUUCUCAGAGACUCUCAUCCAGUCGUACAUCGAAGUAGAUUGCAAAGCGCUCGGACUGGCAGCCAACGCCUAUGCCCGUGCGAUGCUGCAGCAUGAGGAGACCUUGACGUUCCUAGCACGUCAGGUAGAGGCAGUGGCUUGGAAAGGGCAGAUGGAAGCGCGGAACCUGGCAAUGGUGGUGAAUGCUUUCUCCAAGCUCCGGCGCAGGGACGAGGAGUUGAUGGGCGCCAUCAGUUUCCAGUUGAAGUCUUCGGCCCGCGCCCUGAAUGCUGUGGAUCUGGCCACCGUGGCCAAUGGUUAUGCACGCUUAUGGCUCCACGACGCCGAGGUCUUUGAGGCCAUGCAGGAGCCGCUGAUCGACGCCUUGCCCAGCUGCAGCAUCCAGAACCUGGCGAUGAUCGCACAUGCCUAUGGCCGCUUCUUCCGCCGCGACGAACCUUUGCUCUUGGCCCUGUGCCGGCAGUUGCUGGAGCGUCAGCGGCGCUGUGGGGAGGUCAUCCCGGCCGAGAACAUGGGCUCCAUCGUGCACGCCUAUGCCACUCGCUUGCGCUUUUGCCCUGAGGAGUUCCUACGAGUCGUGGAGCAUUCGCUCCCCAAAGUCGUGAUGCAAAUGGAGUUACCGGACACCAUCCUCACCGUAGCAGCCUUGAAAAACAUGCCGAAGGAGUCCUUCGACUUCCCCCGCAUCCGCGGUCCAGUCUUUGCCCAGUGCCUGAAGUUCAUGCCCAAGCUCAUGAGCAGCGGUUUGGUCAGCGUGAUGGCCGCUGCGGUCCAUUUGGAGCAUGAGAAUCCCCAGUUCUGGACCCAGAUCUUCUGGCAAGGAAGUGUGGCUUCGAAGAUGUGGACAUUUCUUCAGAUCCGUUGGAUGGUGGAUGGAUGGAUUGCGUGGAGAAGGGACAGAGUCUACUCUCAGUUGAGAGAAGAGUGGCAAUGGAGGAAAAGGAUUAUGCUAAAUCGUUUCAUGUAG